UAGCGUAAAUGAUUCAUUUCCUUUAGAUUGGAAAUGAAGAGUCCUCGUGACGAUGACGACGAACCUAUUCGAGUGUUUGUAGAAAAGAAAGCCAAGGUCUUUUUGAUAUGGAAUUUAGAAGAUGUGAAACGAUUACGAACGAAGCAUCGUAUAGUUGGAGAGCUUGUUGGCACACUUGUUGGUCAUAAAAGUCAAAACGACUAUUUAGGUCUACCACUUCAGCUCUCUGUAGAAGAAGUUUCUCUGGGUUGUUUAUAUGGUUUUUUGGAAUUGGUCACUUGGAAAGACAGUCGGGAGAAGCAAGUUUCUCCUCAGUUGGUUCCUGAAAGAUUGAAGAAGAAGAAGAGAAACUAUUCUGAGAUGAGCGUAUCCGAUUCGCCUUUGGAAGAACCUGCAGAAAACUUGGGUGCUUCGCAAAAGUUCCGACGUGUUAUUGGCCACUUUUGUAAGAACGCUGUUUCAAAUUUGUUCCACUCUUUACAGUCUCUUUGGGAUUGGAAAAGAACUUGGCAUAAUAACAUAUCUCGAAAAAGUCUAAAACAAACUUAUCUCGAGGGAGAGUUUGUUCCAGUGGUUCAGACAGACUCUACUGGAAGAGGCACGCAAUCUUUGGAUUGGAAUCCAAAGGAGGUUAUUCUGGUAGAGGAGCCGAAGGACAUAGAUUCAGUUGUAGUAUUGUUUCGUAAAGGAAUGCGAUAUCCUGAUUUUCUUUCAUCGUUUGGUUUUCAUUCAUUUGCUAGUAGACGACUAACGGUAUUUCAUGAUUUAUGGAAGAGAGGCUUUUAUAUUUCUUCUGGUGUAAAGUUUGGAGCAGACUUUUUGGCAUAUGCAGAUGAUCCUAUUCUCUUUCAUGCUUCAUUAGCAGUAGUAGUCGCAGAACAAGAUUCAAAAAUUUCCCCAAGAGAUUUGGUAGCGUUUGGAAGAUUAGGCGUAUCGACCAAGAAGAGAGCUACACUUGCUUAUAUAGACAGUGUAAAGAAUGGAGAAGGUUUUCCUCAAGUCGUCUAUAUAAGUAUUCGUUGGAAUGAGUCUUUGCCUUAGAAAGCCAUGAUGAAUGGCUUUAUUCUUGUUAUUUAAAAAGUACUGUUCUUCAUCAAUAGGCGAAUGAGAAAGAGAAACUAUCAUAACUUAUAGUUUUAAGAGAGUUUUAUAUAUUAUCUGAUGGUGAUGGUUGGAUGGUUUACGAAACUUUUGAAAUAUUCAUUUGGUUUUGGUAAAAAAUGGAAA